AUGUCUUUCAAGGCAGCUCUCCACGCUCAAAGAAUCGUGCUUGAUGGUGCGUUAGGAACACAAUUGGAAGAGACAAUCCCCCGGGAAAACCCUCUAUCUGUAAAAGGUCUGCCACUCUGGUCAGCUAAAGUACUUAUCCAAGAACCUUCCAUGAUCACCAAGAUCCACCAGAGCUAUUUGGAGAAAGGAGCGUCCGUAUUGAUCACGUCGCUGUACCAGGCAUCUCUUCAGACACUUCAGAAGCACGAGAACAUGUCAUUAGAACAGUCCCGCCAAGUGUGGAAGAAAUCCAUUGAUUGUGUCAAAGAUGCGGUCAAGUUGGUGAAUCCAACUUCAAAAGUGUUCAUUGUGGCGUCCAUUGGGCCCUACGGCGCAUUUUUGGCCAAUGGAGCCGAAUAUAGCGGCGAAUACGGUGAUAUGUCGAUCGAUAAAUUGUGUGAAUAUCAUCGAGAGAUGCUCGAAUACUUCGCUGCUAGUGAUGAUGUGGAUUGUAUCGCAUUUGAGACCAUUCCCAAGUUCGAGGAGGUCAAGGCCAUUCUCAAGUUGGCAGAUGAAGUUUUGAGUAAUUGCAGAAAGGAAUUUUACAUCACAUUGAGUUGUAAGAACUCAGCAAUGUUGGCUGACGGUACACCAUUAACUGAUGUGUUCACUUACAUGCUUAGUGAAGACUUCAGCAAGACUGUCAGGGAUUGCUUUGUUGCAACCGGUUGUAACUGCGUACCAUUUGAAGAUGUUGCGGAGUUCAUCUCCAAUGCUAACAAGACUGCUGUUUCUCUUAAUGUCGAGCCCUUGACCCUCAUUGUGUAUCCAAACUAUGGCUUCGAGAAUGAUAUGAGUGAUGUGAGUCAAUACGUAUUCAAGAAGUCUAGCGAAAAGUGGGCCCAGGCUGUGGAAAAAUGGUGCCUGUUUACAAACGUUAGAGGUAUUGGGGGCUGCUGCAGCACUGGACCAGAAGAAGUGGCUCAGAUAUGCAAAAUCGUCGAACAACAUAAUCAUUAG